UUACUUUUUAUACGUCAUUAUUUAAUAUUUUCUUAUUAUUUUCAAUUUUGCCUUGUAAUAAAAUCAAAAAUCGCUAUAAUCUAGAUGUUAAUGUAAAUUCCCAGCAAAGAAUAUCCAUUUUAUAUAAAUUGAGAAAAAAAUCAUGUUUCGGGAUAAAUUUUGCUCCAUAACACAACAAGUUCAUGUCAGACAUCGUCGAACUAAUUCACAAUUUCUGAAAACCAUCAUGCAUGAGGAACAACAAAAGAGGGACGUUAGAGCUCAAGAAAUUCUAAUGACUGCAGAAAAUCCCAUGGUGCAGCAACAGAAGCUAAGUAGCCAGUUAUGUAGUGAAUUGCAAGGGUUAGAAAGGGAAAAAUUUCUAGAGGAAACACGAAAAACUUUGCUGCAUCAAAAUGAGGAUGAAAUUAGGCUAUUAGAUACACAAAUUAAAAGAGCCCAUAUACAAAGAGAAUUGGCCGAACAAAAAGCUUUAAAGGAGAAAAAGUUAAAAGAGGAUUUAAAAGCUCGCCUAGAGGAAAAUAAACUUUUUGAAGAAGAAUGCCAAAGGAAUAAGGAAAUUUCUAGGGAGGAAGAAACUAAGAAUAUACAGAAGAAGGCAGCUUUUCGACAAGAUAUUUUAAGGCAAAUGCAAGAAAGAGAUAAAAAACGUGAAAUGGAAAGAGAAAAUAUACAAAAAGAUCGUGAAAGUAUGAAGAGACUUUCUGAGAGCUUUCAGCUGGAGACCGCUAAUGAGAGGCAAUAUAUGCUACAGCUUAAGGAGGCAGCAAAACAAGAAAGAGAUGAAUAUCUAAGACAAGUUAAACUUUAUAAAAGUCAAAAGAAACAAGAUGCUCAAGAGGAUCAUAGAAAUUAUAUGGAAAUGAUACGACAACGAGAGGAAACCGAAAGAUUGCGCAUUGAAAAGCGUAAAGAAAACACCCUGAAGCGAGCAGCUCUAAGUGAAAGUAUUGGCCAACAAGUCUAUGCUUUAGAAAUGGAAAAGCAAAAACAUAAUGAUCUUUUUCUGGAGCUGCUGAUCGAAGAGCGUUUGGCCAAAGAUGAUGAACGCUAUAAAAUGAAUUUAGAAAGACAAUUACAAACAGCCAGAUUAUUGCAUGAUGAUUUCCAAAGGUCACGUUUGGAACGCCAACAAGAAAAUCUUUUGAGGAGCAAAGAAGAAAUGAAUGUGGUUAAAGAACAAUUAGAAAUGUUUCAGGAGCAGGAACGUAAAGAAUUGGAUAAGAAAAACUUAAACUUAUUAAAGAGCAGGCAAUAUUGUCAGGAAUUGUUGCAAACAAUUGAGAAUAAAAAAUGCCUGAUGGAAUUUGAUGCUUUACAACAAAAGCAUGAAUAUGAGCAGCAAUUGGUAGUUCAGCAGAAACGUCGACAAGAUAUAGAAACAGAAAAAUUACGUUUAUUGCGGGCAGAGCCAUUAGAGAUUCUAAAAUUCUUACCAGUUAAGGCCAUAAGUGAUGAACAUCGUUUAGCAUUGGGACUUACCUGUAAAGAAACAAAAGAAAAGGUUUAAUUAUUAAAUUUGAAAAUAAAUAUUUUCGAAUAAAAAUAAAGUUUUAAAAAUCGU